AUGGCUCGAGCCUUGGAAGGAAGAUUCGGUAUCAUCACCGGUGGAUCGCGGGGCAUCGGCGAGGCCAUCGCCCGCAACCUGGCCGACAAAGGCUGCUCGCUCCUCCUCAACUUCACCUCUGAAUCCUCUCACACCCGCACCGAGGAACUCUGCUCCUCGCUAUCCUCCACGCACUCCAUCCACUGCAUUGCCGUACAAGCCGACCUCUUCCACGCCCAAGAAGGCGUCAACACCAUCCUCGCCGCCGCAAAACAACACUUCACCUCCCCCGACGGCAAAUUCCAAAUCGACAUCCUCAUCAACAACGCCGGCGUCUCAGCAGACAGAACCCUAAACGACCCCGUCAAGGGCCCCAUCGACGCAGACUACUUCAACUGGCACUACACCAUCAACGUCCUCGCUCCGCUCCUCCUCACCCAAGCCUGCGCGCCUUACCUUCCCCACGACCGCAGCGGCCGCAUCAUCGGCCUCUCCAGUGUGUCUUCUACUCUCGGCUUCGAAGGCCAGUCCGUAUAUGGCGGUACCAAGGCGGCCCUGGAAGCCAUGACACGCACCUGGGCGCGCGAAUUAGCCGACCGCGCCACGGUCAACACCAUCAACCCCGGCCCCGCCAUCGGCGACAUGUACUUCAAGACCGGGGAUGCGUUUUGGCAGCAAAUCCAGGGAUUCCAGGAUAAUACGCCCUUGAGUAAGAUGCAGGAGGUCGAUGAGAAGGAGUUGACGGAGGAACAGGCGAGGUUGGUCAAGGAGAAGAUGGGAGGGAGGAGACCGGCGUUUACGAAGGAAAUUGCGGGGGUGGUGGGGAUGCUGUGUACGAGUGAUGGGCAGUGGUGUACGGGCAGUGUGGUUUGUGCCAAUGGGGGGAUGAAAAUGGGAUUUUAA